GGGAAUCAGUUUUUAAUAUGCGCACCCUUUUAAAUCUGGAUUCAGUGGAUAAAACAAAGGAAUUUAUGGACUACCUCCACAUCAUUGGAGUAUAUAAAAGGAUUUAAAGUUUAGGGGGAAAUAACAAACAGUGGGGGGCAGUAAUACGCCAUAGCUGCGCCAAGUCUGCCUAAAUAAAAGAAAAAGAAGAUGAGGUCAGGAACACAUGGCCGUCCCGUUGACGACUGCUUCCUCAACUUGGGCCAAUACAGAGCUGGACUUGCUCAACGUCUGAAAAUCAAGUCUGGAUCAGUACCAACUCUCCUCGGCUCAGCUACAAACCUCGAAAAAGCCAGCUCUUCAAGUGCUUACAUUCAGCAGCUUCUCUGAAGGGAUGUUGCCUGCCAGAAAGAACACCUGGAAACGCAUAUUUGUAGGCACAAAGCUUCCCUUAAAGACUUUGCAGCCCCAUUUUAAAAGUGACGAAGACUGCGAUGCCUUUGGAGACUGUAGCACUCAGCGCAACGCCACCUCAGAGAUUCUUGGUGUGGACGCCCCUGGCUCCUCCCACAUGUCCAGCCACAGCGAGGAACUGAAGAUUCUGAGCGUCUACGGAAAAGGGGAGGGCCCACUGGCGGAGGACGGCCAUGACACCCUCUUCACGGCGUCAGAAGUAGAGGCCCUGAACUCGCUGUGUGCGGACCACAGCGUGGCCAAGAGCCUGGAGCGCGGCGAGCGGCUGGUCUGCCGCGAGGAGCUGAGAGUGCAGCAGCAGACCCCAGACACCAUUUCAAUCAAGGUUGAAGAGGACAUUGGUGGAGGCAUGCCCGCUGUAGAAGACGGCAAUGACAUCAGAGACUGCAACACGCAGUGCGGCGCCACCUCAGAGAGUCUGCGUGUGGACGCCCCUGGCUCCUCCCACAUGUCAAGUCACAGCGGGGAGCUGCGCAUCGUGAGCGUUUACGGACAUGGGGAGGGCCCACUGGCAGUGGACGGCCAUGACACCCUCUUUGCCGUGUCAGAACUGGAGGCCUUGAACUCGCUGUCCGCUGACCACAGCGUGGCCAAGAGCCUGAAAUGCAGCGUGCGGCUCGUCCGCCUUGAGGAGCUGACUGGGCAUCAGGGCGGCCGCAAGGGCCGGCCCGGUGUCUUGUGUGGAAAGGUUAUUCCCAACAAUGCCAAUAUGAUCGUCCACAAAAGGACUCACUCUGGGGAGAAGCCCUACAAGUGUGACCAAUGCGUGAAGCGCUUCAGUCGGAGAGGCAACCUGAAGAUCCACAUGGGGACUCACUCCAGUGAGAAGCCCUACAAGUGUGACCAAUGCACGAUGCGCUUCAGUCGGAAAUACUACCUGAAGAUCCACAUGAGGACUCACUCCGGGGAGAAGCCCUACAAGUGUGACCAAUGCGUGAAGCGCUUCAGUCGGAAAUGCACCCUGAAGAUCCACAUGGGGACUCACUCCGGGGAGAAGCCCUACAGGUGUGACCAAUGCACAAAGGGCUUCAGUAUGAAAGGCACGCUGAAAGACCACAUAAUGACUCACUCCGGCGAGAAGCCCUACAGGUGUGACCAAUGCACGAUGCGCUUCAGUCGGACAUGCAACCUGAAGCGCCACCUGAGGACUCACUCCAGGGAGAAGCUCUACAAGUGUGACCAAUGCAAGAUGCGCUUCAGUCAGAAAGGCCACCUGAAGACCCACAUGAGGACUCACUCCGGGGAGAAGCCCUACUAGUGUGACCAAUGCACGAUGUGCUUCAGUCGGAAAUACUACAUGAAGAUCCACAUGAGGACUCACUCCGGGGUGAAGCCCUACAGGUGUGACCAAUGCACAAAGGGCUUCAGUCUGAAAAGCCGCUUGAGGACUCACUCCGGUGAGAAGCCCUACAAGUGUGACCAAUGCACGAAGCGGUUCAGUCUGAAAGGCACCCUGAAGACCCACAUGAGGACUCACUCCGGGGAGAAUCCCUACAGGUGUGACCAAUGCACAAUGCGCUUCAGUCAUGGUUCCGGCCUGAAGCUCCACAUGAGGGCUCACACCGGCGAGAAGCCCUGCGUGUGUCUGCAGUGCGACGCCAGCUACAGGGACCCAAGCACUUUGCGUGUGCACAUGCUCAAGCACACUUUGGCACGAGGUAACGGGACAUUAUUUGUCCCGACGGCCCAUGAGAAAUCGAGUUACGACGUCUCUUUCCUUGAGAGACACCGUUGCUUGCAAACGAGCGAAGCAUCGCAGUUGCUCAGUGUUUGGAUGUACAAAACCUCGAAAAAGCCAGCUCAUCAAGUGCUUACAUUCAGCAGCUUCUCUCAAGUGAUGUUGCCUGCCAGAAAGAACACCUGGAAACGCAUAUUUGUAGGCACACAGCCAUCCUUAAAGUCUUUGCAGCCCCAUUUUAAAAACUGCGAUGCCUUUAGAGACUGUAGCACUCAUCGCAACGCCACCUCAGAGACUCCGGGUGAGGACGCCCCUGGCUCCUCCCACAUGUCCAUCCACAGCGAGGAACUGAAGAUUCUGAGUGUCUACGGAAAAGGGGAGGGCCCCUUGGCGACGGACGGCCAUGACACCCUCUUCACCGCGUCUGAAGUGGAGGCCCUGAACUCGUUGUCUGCGGACCACAGUGUGGCCAAGAGCCUGGAGCGCGGCGAGCGGCUGGUCUGCCGCGAGGAGCUGAGUGUGCAGCAGACCCCAGACACCAUUUCAAUCAAGGUUGAAGAGGAUAUUGGUGGAGGCUUGCCCGCCGCAGAAGACUGCGAUGCCUUUGGAGACCGUAGCACCCAGCGCGGCGCCACCUCAGAGAUUCUGGGUGUGGACACCCCUGGCUCCUCCCACAUGUCCAGUCACAGUGAGGAGCUGAAGAUUCUGAGCGUCUACGGAAAAGGGGAGGGCCCGCUGGUGGUGGACGGCCAUGACACCCUCUUCACUGCGUCAGAAGUGGAGGCCCUGUACUCGCUGUCUGCGGACCACAGCGUGGCCAAGAACCUGAAGCGCGGCGAGCGGCUGGUCUGCCGCAAGGAGCUGAGUGUGCAGCAGCAGACCCCAGACACCAUUUCAAUCAAGGUUGAAGAGGAUAUUGGUGGAGGCAUGCCCGCCGUAGAAGAAGACAAUGACAUUAGAGACUGCAGCACGCAGCGCGGCGCCACCUCGGAGAGUCUGCGUGUGGGCGCCCCUGGCUCCUCCCACAUGUCAAGUCACAGCGGAGAGCUGCGCAUCCUGAGCGUUUACGGACAAGGGGAGGGCUCACUGGCGGUGGACGGCCAUGACACCCUCUUUGCCGCGUCAGAACUGGAGGCCUUGAGCUCGCUGUCCGCAGACCACAGCGUGGCCAAGAGCCUGAACUGCAGCGUGAGGCUCGUCCGCCUUGAGGAGCUGACUGGGCAUCAGGGCGGCCGCAAGGGCCGGCCCGGUGUCUUGUGUGGAAAGGUUAUUUCCAACAAUGCCAAUAUGAUCGUCCACAUGAGGACUCACUCUGGGGAGAAGCCCUACAAGUGUGACCAAUGCAAGAAGCACUUCAGUCAUGGCUGCACCCUGAAGUUACACAUGUCGACUCACACCGGCGAGAAGCCAUACAGGUGUGACCAAUGCAUGAAGUGCUUCAGUCUGAAAGACCACCUGAAGCGCCACAUGAGGACUCACUCCAUGGAGAAGCCCUACAAGUGUGACCAAUGCACAAAGCGCUUCAGUAACAGAGGCACCCUGAAGCGCCACAUGUCGACUCACACCGGCGAGAAGCCCUACAGGUGUGACCAAUGCACGAAACGCUAUCGACGGAAAUGCAACCUGAAGUACCACCUGAGGACUCACUCCGGUGAGAAGCCCUACAAGUGUGACCAAUGCAUGAAGUGCUUCAGUCAGAAAGGCACCCUGAAUUACCACAUAAUGACUCACUCUGGGGAGAAGCCCUACAAGUGUGACCAUUGCAUGAAGCGCUUCAGUCAGAAAGGCACCCUGAAUAAACACGCAAUGACUCACUCUGGGGAGAAGCCCUACAAGUGUGACCAAUGCACUAAGUGCUUCAGUCAGAAAGGCCACCUGAAGACCCACAUGAGGACUCACUCCGGGGAGAAGCCCUACAAGUGUGACCAAUGCACGAGGUGCUUCAGUCUGAAAGGGCCCCUGAAAAUCCACAUGAGGACUCACACCGGGGAGAAGCCUUACAGGUGUGACCAAUGCAUGAAGCGCUUCAGUCGGAAAAGCACCCUGAAGAACCACCUGAGGACUCACUCCGCUGAGAAGCCCUACAAGUGUGACCAAUGCACGAUGUGCUUCAGUCUGAAAGGGCCCCUGAAGAUCCACAUGAGGACUCACACCGGGGAGAAGCCCUACAAGUGUGACCAAUGCAUGAUGUGCUUCAGUCAGAAUUACAUCCUGAAGAACCACAUGCUGACUCACUCCGGGGAGAAGCCCUACAAGUGUGACCAAUGCACAAAGCGCUUCAGUCAGACAAGCCACCUGAAGAUCCACGUGAGGACUCACACCGGGGAGAAGCCCUGCGUGUGUCUGCAGUGCAACGCCAGCUACAGCGACCCAAGCACUUUGCGUGUGCACAUGCUCAAGCACACUUUGACACGGGGUAACGGGACGCUUUGAUUGAGACCUCUGUCCUGUAUUGGUUGAAAUUACUGCUUUUAGUUUUUCUUUUCAUCAAGAUUAAACGCU